UAUUGCAAGAUGUCAGUCAUUUAAUAGGAUUUUUCUUUUUGGAAAAACCCGAGUUUGUCGUAUUUUUCUCUUUCAUAUAAAAUAAAUAGUUGUUUUCUCAUAGGCACCUCCCACAAUUCUGCAUUAGCAGUCGAGUAAACUUUAUUAAAUAAGUAAAUAUUUCACGUUGUAUGUGAAGAUUGAUUUUUAUUUUAUUUUGUUAUAACAGUGGCUUAUUGGUAUCAAUAGCUAUAAAAAACACAAUUAUUGUGACGUUGCUCGUUUACCUCGACAAAUUGGACACGCUAUACGUGUGAAAUGUGAAGUAGAAAUAAGCUUGAAGAGUGAUGGAUGAGAGUACUAAGAGCUCCCCUUGUAAGGAUUGCGUGGGGCAGGACGAGGCUCAACUGCGAGCGGAGGUGGACCACCUUCGGCAGCACCUCGCCGAGAGAGAUGGACACCUAGUAGCAUUGGAGGCUGAGUUUAUUAAGUGUACAUCCAGGAUCAACGACUUGGAAGAGCAGGUUGACACCUGGCGGGAGAAGUACGAAAGAUUGUAUGAUUCUCAUAAACGGGUGCAGAAGUUAAACCAAGUCCUUGAGGACAAGUUACUUCAAAUGGUGGAUAAGAUGAAAGGAGAGAAGAGUCAGCUAACUAAAGACAUUGCUACUCUCUCCGUGAGACUAGCCGAAUCCAAACACAACUACAGUAUGCUUCAGAAAGAAAAUGAAAGAUACAAGAAUGAUAUGAAUCUAGCAAUCCAGCUGCUACAGUGUAAACCAGAUAAUUUUGUAUCACAGAAGCUUGAUAAUCUUCCUGUUGAUACUCAAGCGCGUGUUUCGCAGUACGUCAUGUCGAAAACGUCAAAGUCCAACAGCUCUGUCCCGUCCAAGAAUGGAAACGGUAAUGAACUUGACACUUUCGACACAAGUGAGUAUGAAUUCAAUAUUUCCGCGUCGCUGAUGACGAAGAUUCUAGAAGACAGCAUCCAGGACAGCAUGACGAAGCAUUGUGACUCGUGCACUUGCACCAAAACGCAAGCUAAACCAUUCUGCUACAACGAAAGCUACUUCUCUGUCGGCACUCAAACUGUUUUGUCAGGCGAAAUGAAAAAUUCUCUAUGUUUAAACUGCAACGCAGAAAUCAAAUCGAUAAAGUCAAACCUGAGUGCAAGCAGCACGUCUCCUCACGGCAUUAAACUUAUCAAUGACAAAAAUUUGGGGCUCACUGGACCCAUGUACAUUAUACCUCAACCUGCUGAACUUCCUAAAGAACCUGUCGUAGAAAUUCCUCCCGAGAAGGUUAAAAUUAUCAAUUCUGAAGCAAUACAAAUUGUUGAUGAUGAUAAAGUUGAAGCACAAAAAGACAUAGUUCCUAUGAAAGAAGAAGAUUUAAGACAGCUUAGGAAGACUAAUAGUAUGACAAUGGAACCGGCGGUUCAUCACAAGCUAUGUGACCGCACAAAAACUUCGAUAUCUAGCAAGAGGAGUAGCAGCCAUAGCAUUGGUAAUGAAGAAAUUGCUGUUAAAGAAACCAUACCUAGCACUAAGGAAUCUGUUACUAAAACUGAUAGCCAACCGAGAGACAAUGUUAGUUUGAGGAAAAAUUCCUUAAGUUCAAUGGGAGCAGUAAGCAGAACUUCAUCUGUAGCUAAAUCUACAGUUAGUACUCAUAAAUCAGGUAACCAUGUAGGUCCCGGGCCUAGGUUUUGUCAUUUGCGUAUGCAAGCUGGUUCUAAGAACAUAUUGCUCGAUAAUGCUGAGCCAGACGUACCGCCUGUGUUAUACCGACGCCAAAGCAAAUGCAAUGAAAAUCCUAUUUUCAAAGAUCUCAAUGAUGGUAUGGAUAAUUUUAUUGACUUAGAGAAAGUCAAUGAUGAGGUUAAGGAAGACAUUAAAAGCAAUAAUGUUGUAGUCGAGAGCACGCUGAUUGACGUACACGAAGACAACAACAACAAAGAUUCAGCUACGUCUGUUAAAAAUACUCCCAUAAAUCCCAUACUUAUGAAUGUUUCUUCUUCGCCUUUACAGCCACUGAAGACUCACAAUUUCUCGAACAGCUCAGAAAAUAAUAACAACAAAUCUCACAGUAUUGGAAGUCAGCAGAACACAACUGAAAUCGACAACUUAUUGACCGACUUUACCGUUGAAGUCAGCAACACGCAAAAUAAUAAUAAUCCACACACUCCUGACGAGGUACCUAUAACUAAAAAUAGUAGUAUCACACCCACAGAUAAUCAUGACGUAAAAAUUUUCAAUUUCGAUCGCUACGAACAAAAUAAAUUAGCUAAUCAGUUUUCUAGGCCUCUAAGGAAGAUAGAUAUGGCUCAACUUCAUUCUAUGGAAAACACCAAAAUUUCCAAAGAUUUGAUACCUCCGUGUGCUUUACUACAUAAAAAAACUGAUCUUACAAGACUACCAGCAAUGGUCAAUGUUUACCCGAAUCUGACUCAGACUCAUUUAAAGGUGAAUGAAAACAAAAAGGUAUUUACUAACGAGCAGAGUACAAGCUCACUGUCAAGCGAUGAUAGCGCUGCGAUGCUUCAGAAGCAACAGUUGCUUAGAGUUGCCGAGUGGGUGGAACAGAACUUGGAACAGCAGAAUAAUUACAACGAUCCACUAGAGGAUGAAGUCAGCUUUGGGAGCAUGAUGGCUAGAAGAGACAGUAAACUGAACAGACUCACCGAAACCUUAAAUGAACUCGCUUUGAACAUGCCUCAUCCCGUUAGCAAAUACGCAAAGCCAUACACAAGAGAAGGCCAUAACAAUUGGAUUCAUAGCAACGCAAUGCAGUGUUCUAAAUCAGACAAACCGAAAACCACCACAAAGGCAGUCAAUAAUGUAACCAAGGAGACUAUGUUUCCUGUCGAAUGUGAUCAGUCGACGGUCACGGAAGUGAGCGGGGACAGUGCAAUGAAAAAUGACAUUAAUCAUUUCGAUAUUGUCAAAGAGUUUGGAAAUUUAUCGAAUGGCGAUAAAGAGAUAACUCCUGAGGACUUGGCAAGGAUGGAGUACAAUGUAAAGAAGUUCUUGUUGAGCGGUCCUCACUGGGUGAACUCGGACACCACGCGUAGGAGCCGCCGCACGAGCAGCAAAACUGAGACUGAUGUAUGAUUCCAUUGUAGGUAGUCAGAUAGGUGAGACAUUCCAAUAUCAUAUAUCGCCAGUCUAGAUGCUUUCGCAGCAAUUUUAGGCCAAAAUCUUUAGGCUUCAGUUUAUGUACAACUGUUAUUUGCUGAAUUAAAAGGUUUUGUUUGAAUUAAAUAUUAAUUGCCGAAUUAUCCUAGUCUUUCCAAUUUGGAAAUUUAAUGUAAGUUAAAAAAUUGUGAUGCGUCCACACUAUGCAAUGGUUUUGUAUUAAUUUGGUAUGAUGAUGAGCGGUACCAUGUUCAUUGAGAAAGCCAUUGUCGCGCCGUAUAUUUGAAGAUGAAUAUAUAUAUAAAAGUACAUGGGAUAGCUUGGCAUUACAAAAAUAUUAGCGCUAUGUAGAAACGAGCUCGCCUUUGUGAAUAAGGUACAAUAGGUUCAUCGAAAUAUUAAAGGGGAUAAGGCACAAAAGUAAGGUUAGGAGCUUCAAAGUUGUGUCAAUUUUAUUUCGUAGCGUAGAUCGGUGUUAGAUGUCGUAGAUCGUCAAAAGAAGGCUGCCGUUGAAAAAAUGUAGAAUAGGAUCACAGUAUUAAACGAGAUUUUUACAUAGAUGCUUCUAAAUAUUUGUGAUACAGUCGUAAGCCAUUCCUUCAUGUACAAAAUUGUAGCACGGACUCAAUACCUAUUGUAUUGCUUGCCAAUUUAUCUCAAGAAAAUAUAAAUAUUAAAUCGUGUUAGAAAAGCUUCUGGAAAAUGCAUUAGCUACCUACUCAGACAUUUUUUGACAUUUAAAUAGUAUAAAUAGUUUCAAAAUCCUUCAGAAUCUCUUCAAUAUCUUUACUCAACGUACUCGACAAACCUAUUCUUGCAUUUUCCAGCAGCUUUGUUAGUGUUCUAUCUAAUUUAAAAUAUCUAUAUGUAAACAUACACCUAUGUAUAACCAUGGGCCAAAUUAUGCCGUCGAUAAAGAUGUAGUUAUUCCAUACACAAUAUUCACGCCUCUGCUUCACGUACAAUUCUAUGGAAAUGUCAUAUUUUGUCAAGUGUGUGUUUUUCCUAAUUAUACAAAAUAUAUUUUUGAAAUCAUAGAAACAUAGGUUAUACUGUAGCACAGAGGAAUAUAUGGACUGUAGGUAGGCAAUAUAAAUUGUUAGACUCGAGUCAAGUGUUCGAUAGAAUUGUUACUAAAUAAAGAACGCUCCGACGAGACGACCUCCGUUGUCCAGUGAACUUUGGGCUCACGAUCCGGAGGUCCCGGGUGCGAUUCCCGGUGGGGACUUAUCACAAAAAAAUAUUUUGUGGUCCCUAGUUUGGUUAGGACAUUACUGGCUGAUCACCAGAUUGUCCGAAAGUAAGAUGAUCCGUGCUUCGGAAGGCACGUUAAGCCGUUGGUCCCGGUUACUAAUUACUGAUGUAAGUAAGUAGUCGUUACAUGAGCCAUGUCAAGGGUCUUUGGCGGCUCAAUAGUAACCCUGACACCAGGGUUGAUGAGGUUGGUACUCCACUUCACAACCCACACGGUAGAAGAAGAAGAAAGAACGCUCAAAAUAUUGUAUUGUGAGUGACUGAAUAUUAAAAGUGUGUGUGUGUGUUGGUCACCGUGCUUAUAAUAUAUGCAUAGCUCUUGAUGCCAAUCGUCUGUUUGCACACCAUACAUAUUCAAAAUGCUUUUAUUCCGACUAUGGCAUCUUGUUAUUUUAUAAAGUUACAUCUCAAUUUGAAAUAUUCCUUUCAUUUGUGUGGAGUUUUUUCAUUAUUUCGGCCUUUAUUAUUGUUAGUUUUAGAAGACAGCUUAUGUCACUUUUUGUAUUGGCGUUUCCGCGCCGAUGGGAUUUGGACCAAUAGACGUAGCGAAUGCUAUCUACGUGGAUAGACGUCGUAUGGCUAUUGGUUAAAGCUCGUGCCACGCGCGGUGCGGGUGCCGUGCUGCGGUGGCAUGUCUUACAAUUAACAUAGGCAUUAUAAUAGGGUAAUUUCCAACUUUUUACUAAAUGUCCUGCAAAAAACAACCUGUGACGUCAUAGAAAAACGUGACAAAAUGUCGCACUUAUUUUAUUAAGUAAAUUUUUCUAUAAUGAAAAUUCAUAAAUAAGUUCAAUAGAAAAAGAAAACGUUUUUUGUCACCUUUAGAUCUGUCUUUAUUUAGUAAUCAGAAUUUGAUAAUUUAUAUUUGACCUGGAAAACUACCCAAUUCUCUAGAAUGCUUGACUCGAGUACUAGUAGGAUGCAAAACCACCAUCAAAGUUUUGUCAUAUUAGCUUAAAGAGCACAAUUUAGUGUUUGGUGUUAGUGAUAGUAUAUUUAAAAUGUUACCUUACAUUAAUUUCAUCUAGUUGUAUUUACUCCUAUAUUCCUAUUCAAGACUUAUUUCGUUUAUAAAUAUAAGCUUAGUUAAAAUAUUGGACAGCAGGCAAAAUUUUUAUACCUCUCUACAUUGCUUUUUUUUUUUCAUAUUUUUACUUGUUCUUUUGGGUCGUACAUCGUAAACCCUACCCAUUCCAUUUGGGUAAAUUAGGUCAUCAAAAUUGACUCAUUAAUGGAAUGAAAAGAAUUGUAAUAUUAUUUUAUUUAAACCAUUUUUUAAGACAUGUCGAAGUCAAACUAUAUUUUAUUUGUGAUAUUUGUACGGUUUUAGUUAGAAAAUUGUAUGCCGGGUAUAUUAAAUUAUUUUUAUGAGACCUCAAUUUUUUUUUUUAUAAAUUUGGUUACUUAUAUAUAACAACGGCAUAAGUUAUCUGAACGUACUGCCGUCGCAAUGUUUUGUAAUUGUGUAUAUUUUAUGAGAUUUACUUUUGUUAUAUGCCUAAUUAUAUUAUGUAGGUACUCUGCAUAGGUACUUAGAAUUGAUUCUUCAGAUCUAUAUUUUAAUGGUGAUGUAUUAAUUAUGGAAAAGGAAAUGUAAUUUAAAAAGAUUUAUGAUACCGGUGUAGGGUUAAAAGAGGAAGGCCCAGGCGUACAGUCAUGAGCAAUAAAUCAUGUACCCACUUUAGAAUCCUGUCGCACUAUCAUAUUUGACAUUUAAUGAGACUUACGGUCUAAUUUGUCAAAAAAGUUAAUGUGACAUGGUUUCAAAGUGUAUACAUAUUAGUACUCGUGACCGUACAUACCGCGAUCAGAUACAGGAUGUUUUAAAGGGUCAAGUUAAGAGUACUCUAAACCGGUGAUCAUGUAUAAAGUCUUUGAUGAAAGUGGAAGAAGCGAAAGUGGUGUGUCAGGAUCGUAGUAAGUGGAUCUGUGAGCUCUGCCUACCCCAACGGGAAAUACGCGUGAUCUUAUAUAUGUAUGUAUGUAAUGGAGCUGGGGGGGUUAAAAUGGCCACAUCGAAGCAAUUCAUCUAAGAAAGCAAUAUUGCUAUUUGACAUUUGUUUGCAUUGCGCACUUACCUUUAUAUGCGCAUGCUCAUGUCCUAAAAAACAACAGAGAAAUAGUAUCCUAAAUGAUUUUUGUUUUUAUAGCACUUGCUCGUACAGACAGGACAGGAGGAGGACCCGGUGGUGUAAGGUUAACACGCUCGUCCCGGCUUGACAAGAGCUGCGGGUUCAAGUCCCGUCCGAACCAGAAUCUUUAAGAUUUCAAUUUUUUGUGAAUAGUAUCCUUUCUAACUUGUUGAAAGUAAACAACAGUAUUCCAUGUCAGGGACCUUUGGCGGCUCAAUAGUUACCCUGACACCAUGAGGUUGGUAUUCCACCUCACAACCCACACGAUAGAAGAACAGCAGUAUUGAAACAUUAGUGUACCUACAUUUAAAUUUUUUUUU